AUGAAUUCGGCUUUGGAUUAACUUAAAGAAUAAGUUAUUCAGUUUGGAAAAAAAGCAACAGCUAUCAAUGAAAUGAAUAAUGAAUUCAUUUACAAGGGAAAGCCUCUCCUACAGAAUUUCGAUAAUCUACUUAAUGAAGUUAUUGAGAUUUCAUAAAAGAUCAACUAAGACUUGAAAAAUCUUAAAUAAUAUAUAAUGAACCCUUAAACAACAAUUUAAUAGAGACAGGAAUAUGAUAAUAUGCAAUUAGAUUUUUUUAAGUAAAUUGAAUUAGUUUAGGAUAUACAAACUAAAAUUAUAGAGAGAAAAAUGGAAAACUUAAGAAGCUAUAACAAGAGUAUCCAUCAUAGACAAAGAUCUUAAAUAUCAGGUUUGAGAUCUUAGAUGUCUCUUGGAACAAAUAAUAAUUUGGGAGAAUCUAAAUUGAAAGAUAAAUCCUUCACUACAGGUUAAAAUGAAAAAUCAGAGAGUUUUGUAAGAUUUAGCAACUAGAACAGCGAUUCUACUCCUAAAAACCUCAUGCAGUACUAAGAAAGUGGUGGUUCUAGCAUGCUAUAUGACGAUAGCUAAUUAAAUUCUGAUUUAGAAAUGAGCGGUGAUCCUUAACAGGAUUUAGAGAAGUUAUAAUAGCUAGCUGAAUCUACUGAAACUCAAAUAAAUGAUUAAAUCUCAAAGCUUAACCUCAUUAAAGAUAUUUAAGCUUUGAUAAAAAGAGAACAACAAUUAAGAGACCAAGAAAUAGAUGAAGAAAAGAAAAAAUAAAAUUCUUAGUCAUCAGUUGGAAGCUCUUAAGCUAGCAGCUUGAAUAUUUUAGCUUAUAAUCCAAAAUAGGGGAAUUCAUAAAAAGUACAGUAAAAUACUUCAAAUAAUGUAACAACAUUUAAUAAUUAAAGCACAGUUGUUAUAGUUAAUCCAAAUUCAGACACUAUUUAUGUGAAAAUGAAUGAUAAUAGUAGCAGUUAGCUUUCAGAUAGAGGUACUUCUUAUGAGCAGUCUAAAAAGAAAAAAUAUAUUAUAUUAAUUAUAAUUGCUCUUUUGAUAAUUAUUGGUGUUGGAGUAGGUGUUGGAGUAGCACUAAGUUGA